CUGUUUUACAUUCCGUCAUGUUUAUUUCUCUUCUAUUCCGCUGAUCCUGGUAAUCUUUUUGCAUUCAACAUCACUGAUGCACCGCCAAACAUAUCCGCUUGGGGAGUGUUGAGGACGCUCACAGCAGCAUGGCCACCGUCUUCUCCUCCCUCGUGCGACCUGCGACACUGCGACGCCCUUCGACCGACACAAACGAAGCCACUGGUUCGCCGCCGUCAUACCGCAAAAAUACUGCAGAAGAGACUGAUCUUCGCAAUCUGAAUGUCUCCUUGCAAGCCCUCACCGACAUCUUCCCUGACAUACAGCCAGAGGUUUUCCGUGAGAUGCUGGCAUCCUUUAGCGAAGAAAGCAGGCUGCAGGUCAUAACAGAAGCGCUUCUCAAGCAUGGGGGCAAGUGGGUGCGAGGGCGUUACCGGAUGCCAGCUGAGCAGGAGGAGCAACGGGAAACUGCGCACAAAUUCAAGUACCGGGCACAUGACACUGGAAAAGACACGCGCGGCAAGCCUUUGGUGCUUGAGGAUACCUUCCGCUCAAAACACUACAAGGAGGCAGCAAAGCAGGCACUGUAUCAGGAGUUCAAGGGUCUAAGCCAUUCGACCAUCAGGGCUGUGUUGGCGGAGUACAACUGGAGCUAUACACAAGCACGGCCGACGCUGCUGGAACUAUCGAGCAAGAGCUGGAGGUCCAGCAUCACGAACUUUUUCAUGCGCCGAAAAGCACCAUCUGGGAAAGACCACCCGCUAGUGCUAUGGACAGCUGCAGAUCCAAGGACAGGUCGCCAACGGACGCCGCUACUUGUUAAGACCAGGAACGACGAGCUGAAUCGAGAGCUUUACGAGAAUCUCAUAGUGCCCGAACUGUCGGAGCAGCGAAGUAAACAACUGCAGGAAGACUUUGAGCUGGCGUGGAAACUGCACGAAGAAGAGUCUGAACAAGAGGGCGAGAUGUACGAUUGCGAGUGUUGUUUCAUGCCGAACACGCUGGAACAGAUGUCCACUUGCGAUAUCGACGGCCACUAUAUCUGCUUCCGCUGCAUUCGACACGCUAUCAACGCUGCGCUCUACGACCAGGGCUGGGCACGCAACAUCAACACGGAGCUAUGCACACUCAAGUGCAUAGCACCCAUGACGGAUGGAGACUGUCAGGGAUGCAUCCCACUUGUCUUUGUUCGCCGCGCAUUGCUGGAAGAGAAGGACGGCGACGACAACGUCAACAAGCUUGACGAACGCUUCAAUAACGAAGCGCUGAUCAAGUCGCAGCUACCUCUAGCUCGAUGCCCGUUCUGUUCUUACGCUGAACUAGAUGAUUUCGCCCUCCCAAACGCAAACCUGCUUGCGAAUCUUCGACUCAAACCUCGCCCUAUCGUGCUAGCAUCGCUGGCAUCCGUUCCACUUCUCGAGCUGCUUUGCUUCAAAGCCACACAAACCAUCACCCUACUCCUCGUCCUGCUCUACGCCGCCUUCGCACUCCUCUUCCGCAUCCCGAUCAUCGCGCCCUUCCAAUCCGCCCUCCGCCGCAUUCACCUCAAACGCCGAGGUCUCCGCUUCCAGUGCCUCUCGCCGACCUGCAGCCGCGCCUCCUGCCUCUCAUGCACCGCACCCUGGCACGACCCACACACCUGCUACUCCUCGCAGCUCACAUCUCUCCGCCUUACACUCGAGCGCGCGACGACCGACGCGGUGAAACGCACCUGUCCGCAAUGCAACCUUGGCUUCGUCAAGUCGGAAGGCUGCAACAAACUUGUUUGUCUGUGCGGAUACUCAAUGUGCUAUGUUUGCCGGCAAGGGCUGGCGGAAGAGGGGUAUUUCCACUUCUGCCAGCACUUUCGUGAGAGGCCGGGAGAGACGUGUAGGGAGUGUAGUAAGUGCGAUCUAUACCGUGUCGAGGAUGAGGAGAGGGUUGUGAAGAGGGCGAGGGAGAGUGCUGAGGCUGAGUGGUGGGAGAGUCAAGGUGAGGGUGCGCAGAAGGGCCUGAAGAAUGAGGUUGGGAAGGGGAAGAGGAAAGGUGUGCUAGGGGCUAGGAAGAAGGAUUGGGAGGGGUGGGUUGAGGGAGUCUUGGAGACUUUCUUGGUUUAGGAUGAGGGUUGAUGCAUUCGUUAUGGCGUUCUGGUGGGCAUGGAGAGGAUAAGAUACCCGGCAUUGGCAUGUUAUGCUUUAACAUAUACUAGGUUGUAACCACAUCUCUUGUGUUCGCAUAGAUCUCAAAUUCUUGUAUCAGUCGAGAGCUUCCCAAUUCUCGCUCUGGAGGUGUUCAUGGUACAAGAAUGGAACAUUGUGAACCCUCAUCCUCAGCCUGGAGGUAAUCAACGCCGUCUCCACCAUUUCCGUGCUCGAUGCAGCGCCAGUAAUGCCAAAGUUCGAGCAGUAUGCAGUUCUUCCUCCCGGCCUGUGCUUGACAUGUCUCUAAACUAUAAAAAAUUUGCUAUGCUU